UUGAUGUUUCUAUUCUGCUGCUGUAAAAAUAUGUCUUUCUUUAUUUGCUAUGUCCUCUAGAUGUGUUCCUUACUCGAACCAUAAAUAAAAAUAAUCGUACCUUCGCUCUUCAUCAACAAUGUAAUCAAAAUUUGAUUAAAGAGGCAUCAACAAUAACCUCGAAAUUUUUGUUAUGAAAUAUGGAAUCGCAAGUUUGUGUCCACUGUCUUAAUAAAAAGGAUAUAAACUCGACCACUAAUCGCUUGGUGACGGAAAGUUGUGGGCAUGUGAAGUGUAUGGACUGUCUGUUGCACGAGACGGCUGGUUGCGUCGCGUGUGCUGCGGAGAUCAGCCCUAAAGGGUCGGAGGGCACUCCGGAGCUGAGCGACGGGCCUCCGUCGGACGGCGACAACGCCGAGCCCGAGCCGCCCCGGCCGGAGUUCCCUCUCCAACACUUCCUGCUGGGCAGGGAGGAUGCUGAGAAAGAGACCGGGGCAGAUUGCCAUUAUGACAAAACUGAAAAGAAGAAAAAGCUGGAGACAUCUCACAUUAGAGUAGAAACAGAUGGGAAUCGAAGGUGCUACUUCUGUACAGCGUGCAAGAGGAAGUUCCAUGCUCGGAGUCAGGUCUCUUACCAUGCCUACUGCAACGGACAACAGAAGCCCUACCAGUGUCCGGAGUGUAACAAGAGCUUCGCGUCGCACUCGCACUUCAAGUACCACAUGCGCGUACACCGCAACGAGCGCACGUACGCGUGCGAGCUGUGCGGCGACAGCUUCUUCCAGAUGUCCAAGCUGCAGCGCCACAAGCUCAAGCACACCAAGGAGAAGAAAUACCCGUGCCCAGAGUGCAGCAAGGCGUUCAACAACCUGACAGCCCUCCGCAAGCACGCGCUCACCCACAGCGACGAGCGCCCUUACGGCUGCGAGACCUGCGGCAGGAGGUUCCGCGACUCCAGCAACUACCGCAAACACGUCGCCAAACACAACGGGACGGGGUGCGCGCGCAGCUGCGUGUGCGGCGCGUGCGGGCGGCGGCGCGCGCGCGCGCACGUGUGCCCGCGCUGCCCGCAGGCCUUCUACGCGCGCAAGGACAUGCGCCGCCACGCCGCCGUGCACUCAGAUUCGAAGCCGUUCCGCUGCCGAGUGUGCAGCCGGCGCUUCCGGCGCAAGGACAACCUGGAGCGCCACGUCCGCAACACGCACCCCGCCGCCGCCGCCGCCGCCGCCGCCGCCGAGCAGACCGCGCUGCUGAGCCUCAACCCGCUGCCGCCGCUGCCGCACCACCUCAUACAGAAGCACCUGCUCGAGGACCAGGUCGACCGGCGGCCGCCGGAGCCCCCGGAGCCCCCGGAGCCCCCGGCCGGCGCCGAGGCCGAGCUCACCAAGCUCGCGGUCAAAGUGGAACUGCAGGUUCAGAAGUUACCAGAAGACAAAGAUCCAGAGGAGCCGCCGGAGCCCGCGGAGCAGAAGGCAGAGCAAGUGGAGCCAGCCACAGAACAGAAGAGCAUAGCGGAGAUCCUGGAGGCCAACAACGCGCGCCAGAGCGUCAUCACCUCCGUGCGCCGCGCGCCGCCGCCCGAGCCCAGCGAGUACGUGCACAAGAUACGCAAGGCCAACCGGCGGCUGCCCGCGCUGCUGCCGCCCAUCGACGAGAGCAAGUUCGCCAAGCUCGCCAACCUCGACCUGCAGAACAACCUGGACGUGGGCGCGCCGCCGGAGAAGUUCCGCGAACUGUACAAGAAGAUCCUGUACGAGCGCUCCGAGAAGGAGGCGCUGGAGGAGCAGCACUGGAAGAAGAAGAAGCUCAACAUCAACUGAUAUUCGACUACUUGAGAAGGCUGACUUGUAAAGAUAAGUACAUUUAAUGUAUAUAAUGAAGGCCAUUGAAAACGGAUACUUCAUUUCUAUGUCUUCUAAAGAAAGUGCAAACGAAAUGUAUCCGAUUUGAUUGCUCGCAAGUCUAUACAGGAUGUAUUUUGAUAGCGGGUCAGUAAGGGCAGCUAUGAGAUGCCGUAGUCCUACGUGAAAAUGGUCUA